AAUAAGUCCAUCUGUGACAUUUCCUUGCUACUAAAUAUUCCACGGUCAACUGUUAGUGGUAUUAUAACAAAGUGGAAGCAACUGGGAACAACAGUAACUCAGCCAUGAUGUGGUCGGCCACAUGAAAUGAGAGUGGGUCAGCACAUGCUGAAGCGCACAGUGCGCAGAAGUCGCCAACUGUCCACAGAGUCCAUAGCUAAAGACCUCCGAACUUUGUGUGGCUUUCAGAGAGCUUCAUGGAAUGGGUUUCCAUGGCUGAGCAGCUGCAUCCAAGCCUUAUAUCACCAAGUGCAAUGCAAAGUAUCGGAUGCUGUGGUGUAAAGCACGCUGCAACUGGACUCUAG